AUGUUAAGCCGUUGGAUGGGAGAUAUUUUCGAUGAACCAUUUGGAAUUACUACUUGGGAUCCAUUUCUCAGUAGUGGUGGUGGCACUAGCGAUCGUAACAGAGGUGGCGUAGAUUUCUAUAGAAAUCAACUUGGCUCCUUCACUCCUUCAACUGAUGUCUCUGAAACUGACAAGUGCAUUUGUGUUAAAUCCAAUUUGCCAGGUUUGAAGAAGGAAGAUGUCAGAAUUGAUGUUGAUGAUGAAAAGAGACUCUUAACCUUCUCAGGUGAAACCAAAUCUGAAAAGACUGAUGAGAAUGAAAUCUAUCACAGAUCUGAAAGAUAUUAUGGUAAAUUCAGUAGAUCUAUGAGAUUGCCACAAAAUGUUGACUUGAAUGGAAUUAAGGCAAAUAUGAAUGAAGGAGUUUUGAAUAUUUCAAUUCCAAAAGUUGAACAAAAGGAAAAACAAGUCAAGACUCGUUCCAUUGGAGUUGAUUAA